UUUGACCCGCCCUAAGUUCAUUGCCUCCCCACCCAACUAAAUCUGCCUUUGAUUCGUCGGAAGAAAUGCAAUUCGAUUCAAUUCUGAAUCUUGAUUCCUGAAUGAAUGUGUCUGAUUAGAUUCGUUAACUUCCUCGAUCUCGGAUUCGAACUUGCGCGAUCGAUCUCACGAUGUCGACGCCGGACAUUGCAGGAAUCCUCGAGAACUCGAAGGAGCUCGAUCGGCUGAGGAAGGAGCAGGAGGACGUGUUGAUUGAGAUCAACAAGUUGCACAAGAAGCUGCAAUCCACUCCAGAGGUGGUUGACAAGCCAGGUGAUAAUUCACUGUAUCGGCUCAAGGUGUUAUACACUCAAGCAAAAGAGCUAUCAGAGAAUGAAAUGACUAUCUCCAGUCAAUUAUUAGGACAACUGGAUGCACUGAUGCCUUCUGGAACUGCAGGACAACGAAGAAGGAUAGAAGCUGGUGAGCCGAAGAAGAGGAGGAUGAAGGCCGAUUUGGAAGCCCCGAGGCAGUCUGCUUCUGCUAGAAACAGCCUCGACUCACUUGCAAAUUUGAAGGGUGAACAGGUGGCUGCAAAGGUGAGUCAGGACGAUGCAGGAAAGGAUGAAUGGUUUGUUGUUAAAGUGAUCCAUUUUGACAAGGAAACAAGACUGUUUGAAGUGUUGGAUGAGGAACCGGGCGACGACGAGGAUGGCACUGGGCAGAAAAAAUACAACCUGCCAAUGUCUCAUAUUAUACCUUUUCCGAAGCGGAGUGAUCUGUCGAGUGUCCCCGACUUUCCUCGUGGAACGCAUGUAUUGGCUGUUUAUCCAGAAACCACUGCACUCUAUAAAGCAACUGUUGUCCAGGGUCGAAAGAGGAAGAUUGAUGAUUACAUUCUGGAAUUUGAUGAUGAUGAAGAGGAUGGAUCUAUGCCACAACGAUCUGUGCCUUUCCACAGGGUCGUUCCACUUCCAGAAGGAUAUCGACAGUAAUAAAAAUAGAUACAUACAUAUAAUAUAUAUAUAUAUAUAUAGUCAUUUAUUACAUGACAUGACAUGACAUGAUUACUAUAUUUAUUUUGUAAAAAGCUACCUACCUACCUACCUGGGAUGGGAGUGUUCUUUCUAUCUAUGCCUAGUGCACUCUCUCUCAAUGUAAGUAACCUGACUCAAGAACUACACAACCCCUUUCUAUCCACUUCUAUUUUAGUUAA